AUGGCGGUAGGGGAAUUGAAAAUACGAAAUGAUAAGACGACGGGCCUUGACAGGCAAACCAAUUAUCGCAUCUUGAUCAAAAGAAGAGGAUACGAGUCUCGAUCUCUCAGCGCAAUCGCCGCUCGGAAAAAAGCCCAUCAAAACGCCGCUGCGUCCGCGCAGUCUUCCCUUCCAGAAACGCAGGCUAUUCAAGAAGCGGAGCCCCCUGCGAAAAGGUCGAGACCCUCUCCGGCUGAUGAGCCGGUGAAAAAGACCCCCGUACAGAGUGCAAUUGCGGUUGUGAUUAGAAACCCCAAAAAGACCUCGCAAGCGGCACCGAGAGCUGGAACCCCGGUUGACCAUCAAGACCGAUCGAACGAGGAAGGAUGCCAGCCAGUUGUUGAGGAUAAUGGUGACAUUACCAGCGAGAGUGAUCCUGGGGACGAUAUCGAAAUAACUCCCAAGGAGAGAUUUGAGAAUUUCCUACUAUCUAAAGGAAUUUUAACGAAAAAGGACAUAUUGUACAAAACCAAAGACAGUAUUUGCAUCCGACUAAAGGAGAAAACGACUAUAUCGAUACUUGGGCAGUAUGACUUGUGGGUUAAACGAGGAGUUGUCAGUAUAUUUGGCGCCAAAGUGCCCCCUUCUGCCCGUUUAUAUCGAGUAUAUGCUCCAUCAACCCAUUCUUUGCCAGUGAUCAAGGCCAUUGCGGGAGUCGAUGGCUAUGCAGAAAUUGAGAUCAAAUCUUGUCGGAGCGGGUUGCCCCGUCUUCAGCGAGUGUCUGAUUUAUAUCGACGGAUAUGGAGCGGAAAACAAACACUUUUGCGUAAGCACCUGGCCACCAGCAGCGAAAUGUCGUUUGCUAUUCUACAUUCUUCCUCGGAUGACCCGCUUAAGCGCCACCUUCGCCCGCUCCAUCUCAACAAAUAUUGGAGCAUUGCUAUCAAAGCUCUUUCUGGCCGGGGGGCCAACCUUCGAGUGAUGACUUGUGGGCCAAAAGGGUCAGGCAAGUCCACGUUCAACAAGUAUCUCCUGAACCAUUUACUUAGCCCAAUUCCAUCGCACGGCGGUAGCUCGUCUUCGAAUGAUGGCGUUGCCUACCUAGAUCUUGACCCGGGUCAACCCGAAUUCUCACCACCAGGGCAGGUCUAUCUAGCUCAUCUUCAGACGCCAGUCCUUGGACCGUCCUUCUCCCAUCCCGCCUUGAUAUCAGCGAAUGAAGGUUCUAUUAUAAAGUCGCACUAUAUUGGCGCCACGUCGCCAAAAGAUGACCCUGAUCACUACAUUUUAUGUGUGAUGGACCUCCUAAAUAGGUACCGGAUUCUUCUUCAGAGCUAUCCCCGAUGUCCAUUGAUUAUCAAUUAUUCCGGAUGGAUUUUUGGGCAAGGGCUAGAGAUAGCUACCUGGUUCGCGAAGUCGCUCGACCUUUCGGAUGUAGUCUACACGAGCAUACAGGGCCCGGAAGAGGUGAUUAUUCCUUUGCAAGCUGCGGCAACUGAAGUCGGGGUGCCGGUUACCACAAUCCCUUCGCAGCCGACGGAAUACGCCACGAGGUCGAGUUCGCAACUACGCUCUAUGCACAUGCUCUCAUACUUUCACAGGUCGCAACGCCACGCGGACAUACCAGUCUGGUCUGCCUUGCCCAUCCACUACCACCACAGCAUGAGUGUCAAGUACGCUGGAGAAACCCAAGGCAUCCUAGGCGUCAUGGUCACAGGCUUCCGCCACGACCCUGCCCAUCUCCACGACCUCCUCGACGGCUCUAUCGUCGGCAUCGUCGCCGUCGAGGAUCCAGAUACCCUUCCCAAACCAACUGAUACCACGACACUCCCUGCCACCAAUCACCAAGAACGCGCCGCAAACCAUUCCGAUCCGGACCAGGACGUUCCAAUGGACGACGCCAAUCCAGUCGCAUCGCCCGGAGAUCAUCCCUUCAUCACGCGCGCACCGCAUACGAACCUACCGUAUCUCUUCAUCGGCAACGGAACCUGCACCCCCCUGGAUCCGGCAUCCUCAUACUCCCUUGGCCUCGCACUCAUCCGCUCAAUCGACACUGACUCGCAAACCAUCCAGCUCACCACGCCCAUCGAUCCCCGCGCGCUCCGCAGGGCUCUCGACCUGGGCCACCGCAUCGUGCUCGUCCGCGGAAACCUGGAUAAUCCGAACUGGGCCCUGAGCGAAGAAUACUUUGCCGCUCGAUCGGCGCAGCGACGACAGCGGCGGUUGCGUGCGGCGCUGAAGGGGGAUUCCGAGGGGGACGCGGAGGUGCGGGCGCGGUACGCGGAGAAGAGUAGGCGGUUGGCGGAGCGGGUGCGGAGAGCGACGAAGGGGGUACCGUGGAUGGGGUUGGUGAGGCACGAGGGUGAGAAGGGGAGGCAUGGCGGUGCUGGGCUGUGGAAGUUGAAGAAGUUUGCGCAGGCUGGGGGAUCGGAUGGGGAGAGUGGUCAUUCUUCUUCAUAG